GGCCACCGGCCACUCAGGACCAGCAACUUUGUGCGGCUCACGUGACGCCGUGUGCGCGUGGCGUGGGAUUGUGUAACCCGGGCGCGCUCGCGUCGUUUUCCUCAUCUGUGCAGUGGGUAUGAUUCUUGUUUUCCAUCAGCCGAUUUUUAGGUGGCUCAUCUGAAACUAAUCUCAAGUUAACAUGUCAUUCAUUUUGGUCGUCCAGGAGACCUUUCCCUGCCUUUGCAUCACGCCCCACACUGUCCCCUAUUUCAGGGCCCGACCCUCGACAGUGUGGCUUCUUCCUUUGCACUACCGGCUCUCGACACUCCAUGUGUUUCCCUUUAUUUGUCACGCUGCUGCCGAGCCUUUUCAUCUUACGUUUAAAUUCCAGGCUUUGACUCCCAUCAUGGCCAUCACUCAGUUUCGACUAUUUAAAGUUUGUACCUGCUUAGCAACAGUAUUCUCAUUUCUAAAGAGAUUAAUAUGCAGGUCUGGCAGAGGAAGAAAAUUAAGUGGAGACCAAAUAACUUUGCCAACUACAGUUGAUUAUUCUUCAGUUCCAAAGCAGACAGAUGUGGAGGAAUGGACUUCCUGGGAUGAAGAUGCACCCACAAGUGUAAAGAUUGAAGGAGGGAAUGGCACAGUGGCAUCACAACAAAAUGCUUUGGAACAACUGGAACCUGACUAUUUUAAGGACAUGACACCAACUAUAAGGAAAACUCAGAAAAUUGUUAUUAAGAAGAGAGAACCUUUAAAUUUUGGCAUCCCAGAUGGUAGCACAGGUUUCUCCAGUAGACUAGCAGCUACACAAGAUAUGCCGUUUAUUCAUCAGUCGUCUGAAUUAGGUGACUUAGACACUUGGCAAGAAAAUACUAAUGCAUGGGAAGAGGAAGAAGAUGCAGCCUGGCAAGCAGAAGAAGUUCUGAGGCAGCAGAAAAUAGCAGACAGAGAAAAAAGAGCAGCAGAACAACAAAGGAAGAAAAUGGAAAAGGAAGCACAGAGGCUAAUGAAGAAGGAACAGAACAAAAUUGGUGUGAAACUUUCAUAACAAAUACUCUUCACAUGUCAUAGUGCCAGUAGGAGAAAUCUGAGCUCCACAACCCAUACAACAUUUGUAUGGAGUUAAGAGUAUUUAUGGAAUACAAAUACACUGCUUGAUUUUAAUGCAUUCACCAGGCCAUUCAGGAGACCAAGCUUCUCCCAGAGUACUUGGAACUCAUAGUGAUUGAUACUCAAAAGGACAGAAAAGAUGUAUGCAACUAUUUUCUUCAACAUUCUCCAGACAUAUGACAAUUGUUUGCUGUAGAAAAAUUAUUACAAAUGGAAUAUACCAGUACCUCUCAAGCUAGUGUUUCUAGCUAAAUAAAUGGGUGUAAAUAAUUUUAUGGUGGCAAAGAACUCUGCUAUUAUGUUUUCCUUCAAUGUGUAUAAUUAUAAAAUAAAUAAUUCUAAUAUUUUUUGUUUC